UCAACAAGAUGGACAUUGAAUCCCUUUCACCACCUGCCCAUCAAGAAUCCAGAAAACAAGCCCUGCUCAAGAAGCAGAGAGGAGGAUGGAGAGCUAUCAAGUACAUCAUUGCAAACGAGUCGUUUGAGAAGCUGGCGUCCAUGAGCUUGAUAGGGAAUCUAUCGGUGUAUCUCACGACAAAAUACAAUCUUGGUGGUGUUUUCUUGGUGAACAUCAUCAACAUCUGGUCUGGUUCUUGCAACUUUCUUAGUAUCCCAGGUGCUUUUGUCUCUGAUGCUUACCUCGGAAGAUUUUGGACUCUUCUCCUCGGUUCCAUCGCUUCUUUCCUCGGGAUGGGAGUAAUGGCUCUAACCGCGGCUAUUCCGCGUUUAAGACCAGAGGCUUGCAACGAUCCAACAAAUUGUUCAAACCCACCCACGAAGUGGCAGCUCGCGGUUCUAUUCUCUAGUCUAGGUUUACUAGCCAUCGGGGCAGGAGCAAUCAGACCAUGCAACAUCGCAUUUGGAGCAGAUCAAUUCGAUACAGGCACUAAAAAGGGCAAAGCGCAGCUUGAAACAUUCUUUAACUGGUGGUAUUUCUCCUUCACCGUGGCUCUUGUCAUUGCAUUGACAGGGGUCGUAUAUAUACAGACUAACGUUAGUUGGGUCAUUGGUUUCGUGAUCCCCACGGCCUGUCUUGCACUCUCUGUCACCACCUUUGUCAUCGGCCAACACACUUACAUAUGUCAAAAGCCUAAGGGCAGUGUGUUCGCAGACAUGGUUAAGGUUAUUGCCGCGGCUUCUAAGAAACGUAAGCUAAAAUCUGGAGAAGGUGUAUCAUUCUACUUAGGCCCUUCCACUGAUGGAUCCUCCACCACUUUGAUACAAAACAGACAAAGAUUAGGAUUUUUUGACAAAGCAGCAGUGAUAACUGAUCCGAACGAGUUAAACGACGAAGGUAAGACGAAGAACAACUGGAGACUAUGCAGUCUCCAGCAGGUGAAGAACCUCAAGUGCGUGACCGCUGUUUUACCGGUUUGGGUCACAGGAAUCGCGUGCUUCAUGCUGACCGAUCAACAGAACAUCUACGGGAUCCUACAAGCCAUUCAGAUGGAUAAAACGUUCGGACAUAACUUCAACGUUCCAGCAGGAUGGAUGAAUCUUGUCUCAAUGAUCACUCUCGCCAUCUGGAUCUCGCUAUACGAAUGCGUCAUCCUACCAAUAGCUAGACAAAUCACAGGACGUAAACAACGGUUAACGAUGAAACAAAGGAUCCAGAUAGGUAUCGUUAUGGGGAUAGCUUGCAUGAUCGUCGCGGGUUUCUUGGAAAAGGACAGAAGAGCGUCUGCUCUAAAGAACGGCUCGUUCGUGUCUCCUGUCUCGAUAGUGAUGUUGCUUCCUCAGUUCGUGCUUGCGGGUUUAACCGAAGCGUUUUCAGCUGUGGCUUUGAUGGAGUUUUUGACGGUUAAGAUGCCUGAGCAUAUGAGAGCCGUCGCUGGAGCUAUCUUCUUUUUAAGCUCGUCGGUUGCGAGUUACAUAUGCACGCUUCUUAUUAAUGUGAUUGAUAAGGUGACACGUGAGGAAGGGCAUUCGUGGUUAGGUGAUAAAGACUUGAACAAGAACAGGCUCGAGAACUAUUUUUUCAUAAUAGGAGGCAUUCAAGUCGUGAAUCUGAUCUAUUUUAGGUUCUUUGCUUCCAGGUUUGUCACUGAGAAGGAUAAGGAUAAUAGAGAUUUUUAGUCUAGUGGUCGAUCACUAUUUCUUAUUUCUUUUACUAGUUUAGAGGGUUACAUUUUUGUUUUUAUUUUGUUUAAUCAAUUUCAUGUGUAUCGUGCCUUGUUUCCUUUGACGUAUUGAAAGG